UUUUCAAUUUUUAACUUUCAAUAAUCUGCACCAAACACAAGUAACUUUGACUUUUCACUUUUUCCACACAAUCUCGCCACCCUAUUCGGCAAUUCACCAAGCUACAUGCUCUCUCCGGAAAAAAGAAAUCAACCUUUUUCCCACCAAUACACACACAUCACCGCCUCCGACUCCGAUCCACCCCUUCCCUCUCCUCCUACUUUCCGCCGUUGGAUACAUAUAUAACUACAUAUUUUUUCAGCAGAGUUGUGUGCGUGUUGUAGAUAUAUAUAUAUAUAUAUAGAGAGAGAGAGAGAGAGAGAGAGAGUUGUGGAGAGAGAGAGAUGUCAGAGAAGUUCUCGGCGACGCUGAGGAUUGGCGACCUGAAUGAUUACAUAGCUCCGUCUCAGGGUUGUGUUGUUUCUCUCAAGGGACUCAAAGCCACCUCCAACAAGCCCGAUAAAUCUGAGCAGAAACCAGAGAAGGGUGUGUCUGUUACUGAUCCAAAGCACACAGAACCAGUAAAAAUUUCACUCAAGGACUGCUUAGCAUGCAGCGGAUGCAUAACAUCAGCUGAAACAGUAAUGCUUGAGAAGCAGAGUUUGGAUGAGUUUCUUUCUAAUAUUGAGAAAAGGAAGACUGUUAUUGUCUCCCUCUCUCCCCAGUCAAGAGCUUCCCUUGCAGUUCAUUUUGGUCUUUCUCCACUUCAGGUUUUCAAGAAACUCACAACAUUUCUUAAAUCAUUGGGAGUGAAGGCUGUAUAUGAUACCAGCUGCAGUAGAGACUUAUCACUUAUCGAAUCCUGUAACGAAUUCAUGACACGUUACAAACAAAGCUAUUCAUCUGAUGAUGGAAACUGUAAAUCAUCCCUACCAAGGAUUUCCUCUGCUUGUCCAGGUUGGAUAUGCUAUGCUGAAAAAACUCUUGGAUCCUAUAUCCUGCCAUAUAUUUCCUCGGUGAAGAGUCCCCAACAAACUAUGGGAGCUAUCGUAAAGCACCAAAUAUGCCAAAAAAUGUGUAUUAGGCCAGAUGAGGUCUACCAUGUGACAAUAAUGCCCUGUUAUGACAAGAAACUUGAGGCUGCCAGGGAUGACUUCAUGUUUGAAGAGGAACCUCAAGGUCUACAGAUUACAGAGGUGGACUCAGUUUUGACAUCUGGAGAAGUUCUUGAUUUGAUACAGUCAAAGUCAGUAGAUUUCAAGGCCUUGGAAGAGUCUCCUCUAGAUAAUUUGCUAACAAAUGUUAAUGAGGAAGGACAUCUUUAUGGGGUUCAUGGAAGCUCUGGAGGAUAUGCAGAGACAAUUUUUCGGAAUACUGCUAAAAAAGUAUUUGGGAAAGAAAUUGAAGGCCCUUUGGACUUGAAGAUUAUAAAAAAUUCAGAUUUCCGAGAAGUUUGUCUAGAAGUAGAGGGGAAAAUUGUCUUGAAAUUUGCACUAUGUUAUGGGUUUCGGAACCUGCAGAAUAUAGUGAGGAAAAUCAAGAUUGGCAAAUGUGAUUACCAAUUUAUAGAGGUCAUGGCAUGCCCUUCAGGGUGCUUAAAUGGUGGAGGUCAAAUCAAGCGAAAGCCAGAGCAAUCUCCCAAGGAUUUUAUUCAGUCAUUAGAAACAACCUAUAUGGAAAAUGUUUUGGAGGCCGAUCCUUUUGAGAACCCAUUCAUAAAAAGCUUGUACGAUGAAUGGCUUGAUCAACCUGGUUCAGAGAAAGCUAAGAAACAGAUGCACACAGUUUACCACCCCUUGGUAAAAAGUAUUACUGCUCAGUUGCAGAAUUGGUGAGGAGUUUUCUGUAUCAACUCCCAAUGCCAUGUUCAACAACAGAUCUUCCCGUAUUAUUAUCUUCUCAAAAUCUAAUUCCACUCUAAAGGACUUGCCAUGCUAUCCAUCCUAAUGCCUGUCGUCUCUGGGACAAGAAGGGAUUGCAAUUUUCAAGGAGUUUAAUUUUGACUAUGUAUAUAUGAUUUUUUAUUUUGUUUUUGUUGACAACGAUAGGAAUAAUUCAUUGCAGGUGAGAACAUAUUUAUGGAACGAACCAUGUUUUUGUCACUUUUGGGUUUGGGUCCAAGAAUAUACCCCACCUUAUAUAAAUUUUUUUUUUUUCCUUUUAGAAUCUCUCGUAUCUGUAUAGUCGGGGCAAUGCCCUUUACUGAAACAAGAAAAACAGCCUGAGAGUUAUAUUCAGUACUUAAAAUUAGACCGCAGAAAGGGAGUUGUAUUGUC